AUUCAUCGAAACAGUAUUCAAAACCAUAUUCAACCUUAUCAACUCUAUUAUGGUUCCCAGCCUUAUAGUUUCGAGCCUCAACAAAACAAUUACGGUUUCCAGCCUCAUCUUGCUUAUGAUUCUCCGCAUUAUCAAGUCGUUCAUUAUGAUUUCCAGCCUUAUCUUGUUUAUAAUCCUUCAUCUUAUCAACUUCAUACUCAACUUAAUCAACUCUAUAACCACCAAAUUCGAAGUAAUUAUGGUUUCCUGCCUAAUAGUUUUGAGUCUCAACAAAACAAUUACUAUCGAAAUAGUGUUCAAAACCAUAAUCAACUCUAUAAUCACCGAAUUCAAAAUAAUUAUAGUUCCCAAUAUUAUGGUUUCGUGCCUCAACAAACCAAUAAUGAUUUCCAGCCUCACGAUUCUCCGCAUUAUCAA